UUCCGUCAACAGCCUCCUCACUUUUCUCUUUUCGCCGGUGCUACAUCGGCACCAAUCUUCACCUUCUGUCUCCAAGUUGAAAAUCUACAUCAACUAUUGUCUCUACUCUCUCUCUCUCUCUCUCUCUCUCUCUCACUCCAUCAUUUCCAUCUAUUAUUAUAUAUUUAUAUACUAAUGUAUAUUUGAUUAUCUAAACUCUAAUCAACUCAUCGAAUGUCGCUUGAGAAUUGACUCACUCGACCGAGUUGUUCGACUCCUAACGACUCGGAUCUCUUUCUUUCCACCACUUAUUAGCUCAGCUCAGCUCGGGGUCAGCUCUCUAGGAAGAAGUAACUUCUUCUUUUCUUUGCUUUAUCUCAGAAAAACUCUCUUGGGUUUGGGACUCAUCCAAAAAGUUAAAGAACAAACAACAAAAAGAAAAGCUCGGAUUCUGAUCAAAACCCAUCUGUAAAAUAACACCCUUUUGACUACUAUUCCCAUUUCAAAUCCUCUCCCACCUCCAUUUUCUAUGCCUAUUUUCAGACACCCGCUCUACUUUUUUCGACAUUAGUCUUGGAAUUUGAUUUUCCUUCUUCACUUUCAUUUCUCUCUCUAUAUAUGUAUGUAUGUAUAUAUAUAUAUAUAUUCUUACUCUUUUAGUGGUGUGAAAGUAUAGAUGUGGGGUUAAGAGUGCUUGAAUUGAUAGAUUUUUCAACUCUAGAGUGUUAAAAUGGAAGGGUCGUACAGUUUCUCUUUGAUUUUCUUGGUGGGUUUGCUAUUCUGGGGAGGAACAGCGACUUUGGUUGAAGAAGAUAAGCGAGCAUUGCUUGAUUUUGCGAGCAAUCUUCCUCACUCUCGCUAUCUCAAUUGGAGCGAGCAAUCUUCUGUGUGCAACAACUGGACUGGAGUGACAUGUAGUGAAGAUGGGUCUCGAGUAAUCGCCGUCCGACUGCCUGGCGUCGGAUUUCACGGCCCCAUUCCGGCGAAACCUCUGAGCCGCCUCUCGGCAUUGCAGAUCUUGAGCCUCAGAUCCAAUGGUAUCAAUGGGACUUUCCCUUCUGAUCUCUACAAUCUCAAGAACUUGUCAUUUCUCUAUCUUCAGUUCAACAAAUUUUCAGGUCCUUUGCCUGUGAAUUUUUCUGUUUGGAAGAAUCUUACAAUUGUUAAUUUGUCAAACAAUGCAUUCAAUGGUAGUAUUCCUUACUCCAUUUCGAAUUUGACUCAGCUCGCAGCUUUGAAUCUUGCUAAUAACUCGCUUUCUGGUGAAAUCCCAAACCUUUACUUGCCAAAUCUGCAUCAACUGAACUUAUCCAAUAAUAAUCUCACUGGCAUUGUACCCAAAUCACUUCGAAAGUUUCCGAGUUCAGUAUUCACGGGUAACAAUGUUUCACUAGCACUAAAUUCUUCCAUUUCUGGAUAUCCUGUGUUUUCGCCCUUUAAUCAAACAAAUCCAAAACCUAAGACACUCAGAAAACUAAGUGAAAGGGCGUUACUGGGAAUUAUAAUUGCUGGUUGUGUUCUGGGGCUGAUUGGGUUUGCUUUUCUGUUACUUGUUUGCUUCUUAAAAAGAAGAAUCGAACAUGGGUUUCCCAGGAAUUUUGAGAAAGGAGAUAUGUCACCGGAGAAAGCGAUUGCUCGAAGUCAAGAGGCCAAUAAUAAAUUAGUUUUCUUUGAGGGUUGUAACUAUGCAUUUGAUUUAGAGGAUUUGUUGAGGGCUUCUGCCGAGGUACUGGGAAAGGGCACCUUUGGUAUUGCUUAUAAGGCAAUUCUAGAGGAUGCCACCACCGUGGUGGUGAAGAGGUUGAAGGAGGUGAGUGUCGGAAGGCGAGAGUUCGAGCAGCAAAUGGAGGUGGUUGGGAGUAUCAAGCAUGAGAAUGUGAUUGAGCUAAGGGCAUAUUACUAUUCCAAGGAUGAGAAGCUGAUGGUGUAUGAUUAUUACAGUCAGGGGAGCGUUGCUGCAAUGUUACAUGGGAAAAGAGGGCAGGAGAGAAUCCCCUUAGAUUGGGAAACCCGUUUGAGAAUAGCCACUGGAGCAGCAAGAGGUAUAGCUCGUAUCCAUGCGGAGAAUAAUGGGAAGCUUGUCCAUGGCAACAUCAAAUCCUCAAACAUCUUCCUCAACUCUCACCAACAUGGUUGUGUAUCAGAUCUUGGUCUUUCAACAAUAAUGAGCCCAUUGGCUCUACCUAUUGCUCGUGCUGCUGGUUACCGAGCCCCAGAAGUGACGGAUACCCGGAAAGCAUCACAGCCUUCUGAUGUCUACAGCUUUGGCGUGCUUUUACUGGAGCUCCUCACUGGUAAGUCACCUGUUCACACCACGGGUGGUGAUGAGGUCAUUCACUUGGUCAGGUGGGUUCAUUCGGUAGUCCGAGAAGAGUGGACAGGGGAAGUGUUUGAUGUAGAGCUCAUGAGGUAUCCAAAUAUAGAAGAAGAGAUGGUGGAGAUGUUGCAGAUUGCAAUGUCAUGUGUAGUAAGGAUGCCAGACCAAAGACCUAAAAUGCUGGAUGUAGUGAGAAUGAUUGAAAAUGUCCGGCAAACUGAUUUGGAGAAUCGGCCAUCUUCUGGAGCCAAAUCUGAAAAUUCAACACCACCGCCGCAGGUUUUCAGUACAGAAGCCUCAGUCACAAAAUGAGGACCAACUGAAAAUUUGUCACUCUAUUUUGCCCUGCCUAUUUGUCUCCUAUUAUCAUUUUCAAUGCCUUUCACCUGCUCAGUGAACAAAAUCCUGGUAAGUUAAUCAACCUAAUCCUAGUUUAAGGCAGAGUCAAGUCAGGUGUUGUAUCAAUGUACCAGUGGCCUAUCGGUGCUCAUGUUAAGCUAUUUUUCUGGUCAGAAGUACUAUGGAUCAAAAGAUAUAUCUUUUUCAUUUUUUUUUUUUGCAUGUGUAUGUAUCACAAUGUCUACUUGAUUAGUUGAUUGCUUGGAAUCAUCUUAUGGUAAUAUUAUUGACUGCUCUUUUUCCAGUAUAA